AAAGGAGUUUGGGCGGCUCUGCGCCUGUGCACAGCAACCGGGCAGGUGGCUGGUGUUGUUGUUCGGCGGCGGCGGCGGCAAGAUGGCGGCGCACGGGGGCUCUGCGGCCUCCUCGGCGCUCAAAGGGUUAAUCCAGCAGUUCACCGCUAUCACGGGUGCCAGUGAAAGUGUGGGGAAACAUAUGCUUGAAGCAUGCAACAAUAAUCUAGAGAUGGCUGUCACUAUGUUUCUGGAUGGUGGAGGCAUAGCAGAGGAGCCCAGCACCAGUUCAGCAGCAGUAUCAACUGUACGACCACAUACUGAGGAUGAAGUACGAGCACCAAUUCCACAAAAGCAGGAAAUUUUGGUAGAGCCAGAGCCCUUGUUUGGAGCUCCUAAACGACGCAGACCUGCCCGUUCAAUAUUUGAUGGUUUUCGGGAUUUUCAAACAGAAACCAUUCGACAGGAGCAGGAGCUGCGGAAUGGAGGUGCAAUAGAUAAGAAACUCACUACCCUUGCAGACCUCUUCAGGCCUCCCAUCGAUCUGAUGCACAAAGGCAGCUUUGAAACGGCCAAAGAGUGUGGUCAGAUGCAGAAUAAAUGGCUCAUGAUUAACAUCCAGAAUGUGCAGGACUUUGCAUGCCAGUGUCUUAACCGUGACGUCUGGAGCAACGAGGCUGUGAAGAACAUUAUCCGGGAGCAUUUCAUUUUUUGGCAGGUAUACCAUGACAGUGAGGAAGGACAGAGAUACAUACAGUUUUAUAAACUGGCAGAUUUCCCUUAUGUCUCCAUUCUGGACCCGAGGACAGGCCAGAAAUUAGUGGAGUGGCACCAACUGGAUGUAACUUCUUUCUUGGACCAAGUGACUGGUUUCCUGGGUGAGCAUGGGCAACUGGAUGGACAUUCUACCAGCCCUCCCCAAAAAUGUUCCCGCUCUGAGAGCCUCAUUGAUGCUAGUGAGGAUAGCCAGAUGGAAGCUGCCAUCAGGGCCUCCCUGCAGGAGACACAUUUUGAUUCCUCCCAGGUCAAACAGGACAGCCGAUCAGAUGAGGAGUCUGAAUCUGAGCUUUUCUCUGGAAGUGAGGAAUUUAUUUCUGUUUGUGGCUCCGAUGAUGAUGAUGAGUCCGAGAAUCCUGCCAAGUCUAGGAAGUCUCCACACAAGGACUUGGGGUGUAGGAAAGAGGAGAGCCGGAGGCCUCCACCUGAGCCUCCCACAAGGACUGAUCCUGGAACAACAUCAAACCAUCGAGUAGUGUCCUGUAUUGAUGCUGGGAUACUGGAGGAAUCAGCUGACAAGCCUGAAAGUGCAGUGGAGGGAUUGGAUCUGAAUGGACCAAAGGCACAGCUGAUGCUAAGGUAUCCAGAUGGAAAGAGGGAACAAAUUUCACUGCCCGAACAAGCUAAACUUCUGGCUCUCGUGAAGCAUGUCCAGUCAAAAGGAUACCCUAAUGAACGUUUUGAACUUCUCACCAAUUUCCCUCGAAGGAAGCUUUCUCAUCUGGACUAUGACAUCACAUUGCAGGAGGCUGGCCUGUGCCCUCAAGAGACUGUCUUUGUGCAGGAAAGGAAUUAGCACCAAGGCCUGAGCUCUCCCAGCCUCCCUCCCCUCCUCUUCUUUGCCUGUGAUACCAAUGCACUAAGUAUGCAGCUGGGCUCAUGGGAUCAUCGAGCUGAAAUCAGACAGGCAGGCAUUUGCCACAUCUCCCUCUUCCUCCUUUCUCCUAGUUUUGUGACCAAAUGAAAAUGCUAAGAUAUGAGCUUUCCCAGCUUUGGCCUUGGAAAAAUCAUGCGCUAAUUGUGGAGGAACAUGCCUCCUACAACUGCACAUCCCUUUCUCAGAAUAAGAGGGUAGUCUGUGCAUCCAACAUGCUGGGGUUCGGGAUGGCCAUAAAAAACAAAUAUUUCUCACCGCUACCCCUAAAAGAAAAAUCUAUUUUGUUAAUAUAUUUUAUUUUUAUUGAGAAAUACCAUGCAGCUAGGCACUGAGUUGUCUCUCUGCACAGAGAAAUUGUAAUUUGCAGUAGAAUUUUUCUUCGUUUUGGUUUUCUACACAAAAGGUCUCCAUUAACCUUACAGUCUUGUGAGGAUCCCUUGUCAUGUCCUCUGCAGAAUACUGAUUUGCUGGAAGGAUGUGGUGUGAGCUGUGUUUAACAAUUCAGGUUGGGGCAGCUUGGUAGAUUACACAAGCAUAUUUUUCUCUCUUCCUGCUGACGAGGUGGCAUCUUGUUUAAGUGAGGGUUGACCUGCCAGUGGAUUUGGCAGAUAUUUAGCAUGCCUGAUAUGGGAAUUGGAUGCUUGAUCUGGAGCUGAAACCUGCUGUUUUCAUAGUUAGAACUUACCCCUCCGGAAUCUAUUCUCUUAUUCCAAAACGUGGCCUCUUUGUUGUCAGGACUUCAUUGGUGGUGGGAUAUUGUAAGAAUCUCAAACAAAAACUUUUGCCAUCGUACAAUUUAAAAACUAAUUUGAUUCUCUGUUUCCUAGGUAAUUCACUUUCUUGGGGCAAUAGGGCAUUCACAAAGCAGUCAGGCUAUAAGAUAAGUAGGCUCUAGUGCUGAGGUUCCUUUUUAUUAUAAAUUGUAAAAAACUGUCAUUGAUAGACAUCCCACUAAUUUAGAAUGAUCAUUUAUUGGGUCACAUCAUCAGGGUGACUUGAACUCUCUGUUAUCCCACUUCCUAAUUGGAACUGCAGUGAAAUAUAUAGAAUUGUAUCUGUAACAAAAGUUUUGAGUUGUGUAAAGCAACGGUAACUAACUCAUGUCAGUAUGAUUCGGGCUUUACAUCGUUCAAAGCUAUAAAAACUGUCAGUGUAAGCCAUACGUACAUUAUGACUAAGGAAUCAGUUAACCAAACAUAUAAUGCAACGUACAGUGCAUCCAAAUGGCUUUUUGCACCAUGUACUCUCCUUUGUCCUCAGAUACUUUACCCUGAGUCUGAGCACAAUCGUGUUCAAAGAUUUACAGAAGACUGCAGUGAGACACAACCAUUUCAUUGCUAACUCAUCCUUUUACAGAAACUGGUACUGAUCCAGGGUGCUCUUUUGUAACUGAUAGUUUGUGUUCGCGUAUUCUGUAUUUGUGGAGGAAAACAAGCUGCUUCACGUUGGACAUAAAAAUACAGGUAGGGUUAACUUGAGAAUCAGACAAAACUGGCAGUUUUUAUAGGGUGAAAGAUUAGUGUGCCCCCCCCGGCCAAUUUUGCUUCAUUGUGUUUGUCAGGAAAUCUUAUCUCCUGGCAUCAGUGUCAAAGAAAAGAAUUAAUGCUGGCAAUAACUAUUUCCAAGCCAGAAAAGAACCCUCUGAGUGGAUGGCUAGGAAUAUUAUGUGGGAUAAAACUUUUCAAGAUACUUUGCCUUUAAUUUCACUCCAGGCUGCAUUCCUGCAUUAGAAGAUGUUACAUUGGGAAAUCAUGGUGAUUACCCAGUUUAUUCCUUGUGGGUCUUUGCAAGCUAACUGUCCUUUGCCCUUAAAACUGUGAAUUCUUAUAUAUAAUUUAUAAGUAUAUUUAUACAAUGCUUUACAAAUGGAUGAUUUGACUAAAAGCAUUCACAUUGAUACCACUUUUUGAGUUCUGUUCCAGGAUACAAAAGCCAGUUCUGAUCUCCAUUCCCUGUCUAGUUGUUGAGUCACAUCAAAGGUGACGUGUUGAGACUCUAAAGUGAUAACUGGUUAUUAUCAGCAUUGUUCUCAAAGGGAACUAUUCCUCUGCUAUACUGACCCGAGAAAGAGAACUGCAACAAUCAAAGAGAAAGGGAGGGCACUGGUGGUUGUGGGAGAAGGAAAAAUGGUGCUUCUAGAAUGGAGGAUCCUCUGAACCACAAAAUACCCAAUUCAGACUUGGCCGCAUAGGGAGCGGUGUAGUGGUAGCCUGUAUCAUUUAGUUCUAAAUGCUUUCCUGGGCUCCCAAGGGCUAAUUGAAAUGAUUAACUCUGACACUUGUGUGCAUGAAUCUGUUUACACCUUCCCAACUGGUGAAUAUCUGAAGAAUUUGAGGUUUAAGAGCACCAAGAUUUAGUAUCUAGCAUUUAUCCAUGGGCUUUUCCUUGUGCACUAAAUUGAUUGAUUUAAGGCUGCAAGUUUCUGUGGCUCUCCCAUGAUGCCCCUUUAUGUACAUGGGAGUGGGGGCCUUGGCAGUUCCACUAACUCUUGUGUUAAAUUAUUUCUGUUUGGUGGGGGGACGCUGAUUGUUCAAAGCAAUAUUCUGAUUGGGUAGUUGGUCCUUUUUGACAUCAUACACUCUCAGCUAUGAUCUCCCUAAAUAAUUCUGUACACACUUUACAUUGAAUGGAUGGAGGGGAACUUCUCUUCCGAAACCCCAUUCUUAAUUACAUUUUGACUUUAGCUGCAAGGCAGCCAAAAGCCAUAAAAGCUCCUUUUUAUUUUCUCUUCCUGCUUAGUUGCAAGGAGCUAGACUCUCUUAUAUUGGCCAUCUUGCAUUAAAAAGCUGAAUUUAGAGUCCUGAACCAGCUUUUAAGUCAGCUUUGUUAUGUUAAAAGCUUGCCCACCCACCUCUCAAGCAGUCUGGUCUGGCAGGGAAGCAAUAAUUAUACUUUGAGAAGAAGCCACUUAUGCUUUUUAGUGGUGGAGGUAUGAAAAGAAAAUCUGCCUCUUACCCAGUCUGGCAGUGGUGCUUAGCACUAGAUUUUUAGCAUAAUGUAAGCUGAAUUGGGAGCCUGCAGCUUGCUCCCAGUUCAUUUUUAAGCAAAUGACAUUUUUCAAAAGAGCCUAGCUGUUGGACAAGGAGGAAGGUGAGGGAUUUCAGUUGUCCACUGCCAUUUCCUUCUACUCCAUCUCCUUCCCCAACUGUACUUUAACUACUGGAUAAUGAAUUUCUAUACAUUUUCAUAUUCCUCCAGUGAUCACUAAUCUCCCAAACUUAUUUUCAUGAUUUUAAGAAGUUGAAAGUAGCCAUUGGCGAGAAACUGAUGAAGAAAGGCAGCUCAGCUCACUGGGUUGGAGAUCUGAAGAGACAAGAUGUCAAAACUCCAGGGAACCUGAAAGGGAGGAAAAUACAACAAUAAAUAUAUCCAUAACAUAGUACUUUCUCUUGUGCUGUGAACAAUAGUGGAAAGGUAUUUGGUGGAUUAAACCCCAUUCCCCAAAGAAACUGGCUUCUAAUGUUUUUUGAUUUGGCUUUUUUUGAGACGUUCAGAGUGGCAUGGGUCCUUAAUUUUAAGUAUCUGAAGCUGAGGUGGUGAUCACUUAUUGUACCAGUGCACACCCAUUGAGAAUUUUUCCUCUUAGAAAAGCAAGCUAGCUACCUGACUUAGAUACACAGAAGGUUCAAAGAUAUGAAAUACUUCCUGCACUAUGGCUAUUUCCAGUGACUUCAUUUAACACUAUGAGUAGGUCCUGGCAAUUGGGGGGUGAAUGGCUGACUGGUCAUGGACUAAAACGUGAUCUUUGUGCCAGGCCCUGGUAGCUUGUCUCUUCCCUUCCCAAGAAGUGGUUAGUGCUUGUUCUGGUUGGGUCCUUUAUCUUUCAGUUCUCUGCAUCUCUGCCAAAGUCCCAAGUUCCCCCUUAUGCACAUCUGUCUUUUUAAGACCCCCACUGCAAACAUCAACUAUGCAGUAUGGCUAAAGCAUUGUAGUUCGGACUUCCAAGAGUCAGUAAGUGGCCAGAGAGGCUCCUGUUAAGAGAAAUCUUCUCUCCUCAGUCUGAACCUUCAUGCAUUGCCUCUGACAGACCUAGUCUUAAAAGGCUGGAGGAGUGAGACUGGGAAUCUAACCUGGGAUUUACAUAGAACAGAGCUUUGGCUGGCAGGAAUGUAAGCUAGCCUGGUCAGAGGUUUUUUGUAUUGACACAGAAGGCGCCCUGUAAACAACAACUUUGUCAAAUUGUUUCAUGACACUGAGGCUGUGAUGCGCAUUACUUUGGAGUGGGCUGGGGAAAGGUCUCAUGUUAGUUGCAAGGAAAAGUGGUGAUCUAAGGGCUAGCAAAACAAAUGUUUGGAAGUGGACAUGCUGUGUAGCUUCAUGCAAGACCCUUAACCUAAAUGACUGCGUAGUUUGGUCUUACUAAUGGGUGCUACUUUGUGGAUCUGUCAUGAAGAGUACUAGGGAGUAGAGAUGUGUUUAUAGAAUGGGAGUCCGUAUCCUUGGCAGAUACGGGAGGGAAUAGCCAUCUCCAUCCUCUCAGAUUAAUAGUAUUUCAAACUCUUACGUUUUGAUUUGUAGCUCCUUUCUUUUAAAAGGAGCAGUUUGUCCCACGUGUUCCAUUUGUCUUGUUUUGCUCUCCGACUCGUUAAUUCCUUGAAAAUUAAUCACGAGUAUAACAGUUAAUCAUGACUAGGAGUAGGACGUGUAUAGUAGCUUCAUAAACAUCAGAUCAAGAGAGCAUCGGUUUAAAGGAUUAUGAUACUAGCUCAUCCCUACCGUGGAGGAAUUUGAGAUGUGAGACUCCCAGGAUACUGGGAGCCUUGGCCGUCUUAUAGUCAUCUCCUCCACUCCCCUGUGGAGCGAGCGAUCACCACUAUGCUAGGUUUUCAGACACAGCAUAUAGUAAAGCAAGCUGACCGAAAGCUUCAACCUUGCAACAUGCUCUGUCCAGAGAAGGCAGUGAGGGCCUGAGCAAAAGCCACUGGGAGUCUUUUCACUGACUUCAGUGAACUUUGAAUUAGGACCUAAAAGAUUGGUAUUGUACACUCACAUCCUAAGCUUUACUUCUGGAAGCACAUUGCACUCCCUUGUAAAUCAGCAAACGUGCUUGUACUCUCUUUUUGAAAUUAUGUCUAAUAGCCUUGUAAUUACAGGCUUUUACAGUCUUUAAAGUGUUAUUAAACUAUAGUAACACAAUAUAGUGUUACAAAGGGUGUCAGAGUUAUCAGGAGUUGUUUAAACAGCAUUUCCUUAGCUGUGGUACAUCAAAGCUUUUCAGAAAGAACCAAAUCUGCUAGUCUGUUAGUACACUAGAAUGAAAAACUUUGGGGGGUGGGAGGUGCAAUCCAUUCCUAACCAGUGUGGAUAGUUGAAUAGAAAUUUAGGUGCCUGUAAUUUGUUAGUAUUAGUGUUGUAAAUACACUCAAGUGCAUAUAAUUCUGCAUUUUUCAUCUGAGACACAGUAAUGCAUACAAACCUCUAUUUCUGCUAUCACGGUUUAUGCAGUUGCUAGAAACCAUCUGAUGAAAUACAUUCUUGCCUCACACUGGUGCACAUUUUAAAAACUAGCAGAUUUAACAAAACCCUCUCCGUCUUUCUGUUUCAGUAGACUUACCCACAUAGUUGUGCAGACUGCAGUUAAAAUGGGAUUUAUAGACUGAAAGAAAUAGCUCAUUGCAAUGUUCCAUAUUCUCAUUGUUACUUCCCCAUAAUAUUUAUGCAUUUUACAGAAGUUUGAAUGAGCUACAUAACUGACAGCACUAAGUCCUCAGUCUGCUCAGAAUACAGCUUUGUUUUAAGAGUAUAAUUGACAAAGAUCCUGAAAUUCUAAAAAAAAUUUUAAAAAAACCCCCAGAUUGCCCUUCAAUAGCAAUAUUGGCCUUGUAUGUCUGAUACUACUGUAGUGAGAACUCAUUUUUGUUAUCAAACCAAACAGAUUAAAUAUACCAACAGUUGGGUACCAGUAGAGUAUAACUAACAAUAACUACCUUUCACCUUUUCUGUUCUGAGUGUUUGAUCUGUAGUGCUCAAACAGAACUGCAUAUGUAGCUAUGUGGUACAGCCUAGUGGAUUCCCAGUUGAGUGGUGUAUGACCUUUGCAAUCAGUACUGUGCAUGACUAGUUAGUGACAGUGAUUAUUAGAAUGUAACCUUUGGAGUAAGAAGUCUGUUUCUCUAUUUGUUGUGUUUGCUCUUCCCAGCUGGAGUGCUGGGUCCACUAGCACUGAAAGACCAUGAAAGUUUGAUCUACAAAUCAUCACUUUUCUAGGAGGGAAAUAAGGCACCAUGUGAGAGAACUCAUUGGUCUUCUAUCCUUAUUCCAGAUGCCAAACAGUGUAAAGAUGAAUACAAAUAGACAAGUGAUUAAUGCUAUUCAUGUAUUGAGGUUAGCUGAGGAUUUGUUACAGAGACUUUUUGGGGUGAAACUGGAUGUAUCCUUUGAGACGUCCCUUUAGCAGUUAUCCUUGUAGUGGCUUUGUGGACUAUAUACUAACUGUUUUUCCCCCCACUCUUCUUGCCUAAUUCAGCAGCUCUGCUGAAUCAGUUUGCAUCAUUUCUUAGAUUUUUCACCCUUUCUUUUACCAAGCUAGUAGUUAACACAGUGACGCAGUCCAGGGCAUGGAGGUGUAUGGACAUGCUUUGGCUAUAUUAAGUAUAAAUACUGACAGCCGUCAGUCACAUGAAGUAUAGAUAGGCAUGCCUUUGUCAUGCUGUGUUAACAUUUCUGAUUAUGCUAUUUUUUUAAAAAGCAAUCUUCCCCUGUUAUAUAAAGGCUAGGAUGUUCUUUUUUAAUCAACUCAAAACUGGGUAAAGUAUUGACCCAUAUAAAUGUGCCAGACACCUACCUGAGUUGGAAUUUUCAUUAAUCUCCAGAUUCUAACUAGUUCCUCUGCAAAUUAAUCAGAACAGAUUUUGACAACUGCUGUUGAAAUCUGUGCACAUUACUGCUACAGGCAUUCUAAAAUAAUUAUUUUACAAGGAUUUUUCCCUUGUAUGCCAGAAAAGUGCUCAAUUUUAUUCCAGCUCAGUUAUGAUCUGCUGUUUGCUUUUUGAGCAUGUGAGAUUAAUAGACGCAGCCUUGGGUAAUACAGGAGAAUUUUAUUUGAAUCUCUUAAUAGUUAGCUGUGAGAUAACUUGCAGUGUCUAUCCAGUCCCAAUAAAAAUGGCCAUACUGGCUUUUUAUUGAAGAAUGCAGCGCUUAGUGUCACUGUCUUAUGCCUUAAAUUGCCUCACUUUUAUCAUCUACCAUUAUGCAAAAAUACAUUAAUAAUUAUAGAAAUUCUGGUCUUGGUCACUGUCAGUUGUCAUUAUUUCCACCAAUACACCUUCAGUACGGAAGAGAGUAAUAAUCCUGUAUCUUAUAAUUGUUUAAAGGUAUAGGAACUUUUGAGUCGUAAGAGGAUACAAUAUAAACGUAGAUGAAGGAGGGGGAUGAGGUGCUAUCUUAUAGAACAGCUUUAAUUGACAAAAAUCUGAGUCAAACUCAAUUGAGUCUAAGAAGUGUAGUGUCUAACCAGGCACAUCGUGCACUCUGAUACAAUACGUUGUUUGUUUAUGGGGUUGGGUCCUCCAGUUGAUAAACGUAGUUUUUAACUGUGCAAAAUUGUGACUUUGCCUGUCAUUUUGUACAGCAGCAAUUUUCUUUAAUUAUGAUGCAACUAAGUGGGAGGAGGAGAAGUCUUCGGAAGAUUUCAGCUCACUGUGCUGGGAGGGAGCAAACUCAAGGAAACCUCUCUAAUCGAUAUAAACAACUGCUGCAUUUUUUUAUAAAUAUAUGUAAAUGUCCUAUUGUAAUAUUUGAUCCUGGAAAUAAAACAAACUGUUUUCAGUA